UCGCAUCCACUUGUCAGUGUAGUGUGGAUGUUGAACUCGAAGAAAAUUUUUCAAUAUUUUUAAUUUUUGUUAAGUCGGAAAAACUUAUUCUCAAAUUCGCAAAGUAAUUUAUUAACACGUUUCGUUAAGAAUUUGUUACAAUUCACACAACAACGUUCUAAGUGAAUUAGAUAGAAAAAUACGGUAUAUUGUAGUUCAUCAUCAUAUUGAGUUGAGAAAAGUCUUAUUGAAAUUAUUAUAAGCUCCCUAAAGGAAAAAUAGUUGCUAGAAGAUAAAAAGUGCAAUUGCUUUUUAAAGUGCGUUGUAUAAUCCCCAAAUUGUUCCAAAUAAAUCAAUCAAAAUUCAGCAAAUCGAGGAAUUCGUCAUGGAGGACCUCCUGGAUGAUUGCCAGGAGGCAUUCCCUGACGAGAAAAUCCCCGGGAACAUCCUAACAAAGAUCUACUUUGCUGCAAAAAUGAAUCUGGCCAAAACACUGGUUGCAGCAUUAAACGAUCUACCCUCGCGGGAACUGUGCAAUUAUUUGUUGAAUGUGAAAUUCGAGGAAAAAGAUGGCCAAUCAGUCACACCUCUUGUCUUGGCAGCUAAGUCUGGCAAUACAAAUUUUGUCCGAACCAUUUUGUCACACUAUGAAUUGGAUCUUGAAAUCGAAUGCAAUGUUAUAUUCGAUGGCCUUGUUGUUUGUGGAGCAACAGCCUUAUGGGUAGCAGCUGGAAUGGGCCAUUUGGAAAUUGUUAAAUUCUUAGUCCAUAAAGGAGCCGAUAUAAAUCAUAAUACAAAAGCGCAUUCAUCACCAUUGCGAGCUGCUUGUUAUGAAGGACGACUUGAUAUUGUUAAAUAUUUAAUUGAACAUGGAGCUGAUGUUAACUUGGCUAAUACGUACAAUAAUACUUGUAUUAUGAUAGCAGCCUACAAGGGCUACUUAGCUGUGGUUGAUACACUUUUGAAAAACGGCGCUGAUCCCAAUGAGCAAGCUCUGUGUGGUGCAACUGCACUUCAUUACGCUGCUGAAUGUGGAUAUUUAAAUGUUUGCCAAUUACUCCUUGACCAUGGAGCCAGGUUACAGAAAAAUGAGCAUGGCCUGACACCAGUUUUGCAUGCAGCUGAACGCUCACAUGAGAACGUUGUUGAAAUGUUCAUCAAUCGACCAGAUUUAAUGACCAAAGAAGAAAAAAUUGAUGCCUUAGAACUGAUGGGAGCAGCAUUUGCAAAUGAUAAGGACAAUUACAGUGUUGUGAAAGCUUUCCAAUAUAUGAUGAAUGGCAUGGAGCUGCGUUUUCAAGAUCCUGAUAACAUUAUCCGAAAGCGUACAUUACCACCAGUUCCAGCCUACGAUAAUUGGAUAGAAACUGAAACAAUUGAAGACCUUCAAGCUAUUAGACUGAAUCAUCACUCGAUUCAUAUGGAAUCAUUAACUGUAAGAGAACGUAUCUUAGGUAAAAAUAAUCCAGACCUGCCACAACCAAUUGUGUAUCGAGGUGCGAUAUUUGCCGAUCAGGAAAGAUUUGAAAUGUGUUGUAAUCUAUGGAAUUAUGCAAUUGAUUUGCGAAUGAAUAAUGAUUUAUCUGUGGAAAGAGACUUAAUGAGAUUUGCUCAACUUUUCUCACAAAUGGUACGACUUGAACAAAAUCUGGACAUAUGUGUUGCUAUAUCAGUUUUAUCUAAAUGCCAACGAGAAAUCGAUAAUAAUAAACGAAAAAUAACAAAUCCUGGACCAAAAGAUAGUGUACCUCGAAUAGCUGAUGAAUAUGAUAAUAAUAUUGUCACUGCCCUCUAUCUUAUAAAAAUCAUCACAAUACUUCUUGCCAAUAAAACAUGCACUGUACGAAAACAACAAAUUCAAACAUUAUAUUCAUCAAUUUCGAGUUUAAUUCGAAGUGAUGCUAAAUUACGUGAUGGUCAAACUUUAUUGCACAGAGCUGUGAAUGGAGUUACACCUGUAGAUGAUUUUUACACCAGCGAAAUUUGUAGAUUCCCCUGCUUCAAGACUGCUUUACUUCUGGUUCAUCUCGGAGCGCCUGUUACUGCUGAAGACUUUGAGAGGAAUACACCUUUACACGUGUUAAUAUCGAGUAUUCGUCGUGAUAAUACUCUUGUUAUUAAUCAGGCUGAAAAAAUCAUACAACUUUUUACUGAAGCCGGUGCGCACUUGGAUGCCGUCAAUUCAUUAGGUCUUACACCUGCACAAUUAGCAUCUAUUUCCUCCGUUAGUAAUAUGAUGGUGAUAUACCAAAACAAAUCCAUAACACUGAAGUGUCUUGCAGCACGGAGUGUAGCUUUCUAUAAGCUCAAAUACAAAAGCUUUAUACCAAAAACCCUUGAGAAUUUCGUACAAAUGCAUAGUGCAGAAAAACCAGAAGUUUGAUCAAAGGCUGUCUUAAAUAAAAUUAUUAAAAAAAGAAUAAAAUCUAGGAGUGAUUUUCAAUGCAAAGAGCUGUGAAUUUGUGUUACCAAUUUACAUAUAUAUAUAUAUUUUUUGUUUCAACAAUAAAUGUCUUCAUAGUUUUAAAAAGAAAACCAAACAAGAAUAUUAUAAAAAAAGAGUAAAAGUUAAAGAGAGAUUAUAUAUAAUAAAUAUGUGUAUACAUAGAGAGAGAAAUAUUAGCUUGUGUCUUAUAUGCAUUAAAAGUGUCCAAUAAUCCUAGAUUCUCAAUUUUUUUAAAACAAUUUAUUUAUUUUUUAUACAAUUUUAUCACAUUAUUUAUUUUUUUAUACGACGAUUAAGCACAUUUUUAAUUUAUUAAAAACAAAGAAAAGAAAACAAUAUUAUUGAGAGCACUCAUUUCGAUAGAUAAUAAUAAAUACUUCUACUAACUACAAUGAACACCACUAAGAACUGAUAUUGUUGGCAUAUUAAAACAAAACUAAUAAAUAAAACACUUUUAUAUAAUGUAUUGAGCUUGUACAUAAUGUAUAUGUAUGUAUAUUGUAUGAUAUAUGUACCUACAACAAUAAAUGUAAAAGAUGUUUGUAUGUACAAACUACAAUGA